CGACGAUUGAACAACAAAAGGCUGGCAAGGUUAUAAUCUCACAACUCUUUCCCAUCGCCACCACCAUGACGGCCCAGACAGAGUUCACCCCCGAUACCUUCAAGGUCCUGCUCAAGAAGCUCGUCCAGACCCCGGGCGACUUCAGCCCCGAGGACUGCGGCCUGGCGUUUGAGCACAUGGUUGUUCAAGGCGCCUCGGAGGCUCAGGCCGGCGCCUUCCUCACCGCGCUCACGCUUUCGGGACUCGACAGCGCACCAGAGACUGUCGCCGCCUGCGCCGACGUGCUCCGCCGCCACGCCAUCCCCGUCAAGGACCUCGUGCCCAAGAACGAUGUUGACGACCCCCACGGCCACGGCAUGUGGGACUACCGUGACUCGGACAAGGAGGGCGACAGGUACCGCGGCCUCGUUGACAUUGUCGGAACCGGUGGUGAUGGCUGGGACACGUACAACGUGUCGACCACCGCUGCUGUUGUUGUCGCUGGUGCCGGUGUCCGCGUCGCAAAGCACGGCUCCCGUGCGGCCACCUCGACGUCGGGCUCUGCCGACCUGUUGAUAUCGCUCGACUGCAGGCUGUCGUUCCCCGUCGACCAGAUCCACGAUUUCCUCCCGGCGUCCCCCUUCCUCUUCCUCUUCGCGCCGCACUACCACCCCUCGCUGGCUCACAUUGCCCCAAUCCGUCGCCAGCUCAACUUUAGGACAGUGUUCAACGUCCUGGGCCCUCUGAUCAACCCUGCGCGCCCGCAGCGCAUGGUGCUCGGUGUUGCCAAGCGCGAGCUGGGUGACACGUUCGCCGAGGUGCUCCGCCUCCUGGGUGUCGAGCGUGCGGCCGUUGUCUGCGGACAGGAGGGGCUGGACGAGGUGUCGAUCGCUGGACCGACCUGGAUUUGGAGGUUGGAAAACGGCCAGAUUGCGGUCGAGGAGAUCCACCCUACCAAGGACUUUGGCCUUCCCACGCACCCUCUCAGCUCGGUCAAGGGCGCGACACCCGAGCUCAAUGCGUUGACCUUCAACGCGUUGCUCGACAACUCGCCUGCGCCAGAGCACCUCGCGAACCCCGCUGGGCCCGAGGACCCGUCGCUCGAGUCGAUCCGCGACUACGUGCUCAUCAACGCCGCGACGCUGCUGCACGUGUCGGGCCGGGCCAAGGACUGGAAGGAGGGUGUUGCGAUUGCCCGCGAGGCGCUUGAGAGUGGCGGUGCCCGUGCUGCCUUCGACGGCUUCCGUGACGCGUCGAAGCGUGCCAUGGGAGAAAAGGGCCUCGACCUACCGCCCGCGCCCGAGGACGACGGAGGUGUCGCCGCGCGCAACGGUUUCGUCAAGGCGUGGCUCCACCAGCGCCGCAGCGGCUACGCGACGCCAUCGUCGCCGUUCGAGCUGCAGCGGAGUGUGGCCGAGGGAUUCCCAUUGGGCAAGUAGUGUAGUGUUGGGUACAUUACUAUGAAAAUCCAUGCUUGACAG